AUGGCAGCGCUUUGGAGUUUAGUGCUACUUUGUAUCACUAGUCGUUUAUGUGCUGCAAAUACUUUUUUACAAAGUAAAGAAGUGUUCCAAUGGCCUGAACAACAUUUGUUGAGUUUGCGUGUGAAGGAGCUUCCAUCUCAAGCAGAACCUGUUCAGAAGUGUGAUGUGAAGGAUGAGGAUAAGGUGCAGUGUGGAGAGUCUGGCAUUUCUCUUGAAGACUGUAAUGUUUUAAACUGCUGUUUUGAUGGACAACAGUGCUACUAUGGCAAUACAGUAACCGUCCAGUGUACAAGAGAUGGGCAGUUUGUUGUUGUGGCCUUGAGAGAUGCAACCAUUCCAAGACUAAGCUUGGAGUCCAUCAGCCUUUUGGGAGGAAGUGAUCCUCCUUGUGCUCCUGUUGGUGCCACUGCAGCUUUUGCCAUCUACCAGUUCCCAGUCACUGCUUGUGGCACCACAGUGAUGGUGGAUGGUGACUUCCUAAUCUAUGAGAACCGAAUGACAUCUGUAUAUGAAGUAAAUGUUGGACCUCUAGGCUCUAUCACAAGGGAUAGCCACUAUGAGCUCCUCUUCCAGUGUAGAUAUUCACGCAGCAGUUUUGAAGCACUUAUUGUUGAGGUCAACCCUGUUCCUCCUCCUCUUCCUGUGGCUGCACUUGGACCUCUGAGAGUGGAGCUCAAACUGGCUAAUGGGCAGUGUUUUCUUAAGGGAUGUGUGGAAGAAGCUCAAGCGUAUUCUUCGUACUAUGGUGAUGCUGACUAUCCUGUGACUAAAGUGCUGCGGGAGCCAGUCUAUGUUGAAGUUCAUGUUCUAGAGAGGACUGACCCCAACAUCUUUCUAACUUUGGGGCGUUGUUGGGCAACUUCGAACCCUGAUCCUCAAAGCCUGCCCCAGUGGGAUUUUCUUGUAAAUGGUUGUCCUUCCCAGGAUGAUCGUUACCUGACCACUUUGUUCCCCGUGGAUGAAACUUCAGGCCUGCAGUUUCCAAACCACUUCAAACGGUUUGCACUCAAAAUGUUCACGUUUGUGGAACCCACGUCUUUGGCUCCCCUGAUGGAGACGGUCUUUAUUCACUGCAGUACAUCAAUUUGUACUCCAACUGCAGAAGACUCUUGUGUUCAAAGUUGCAACAGGAAGAAGAGAGAUGUUGGUAUACAAAAGCAGCGUCAUAGCCGUUCUCUAGUUUCCAGUGGAGAGAUCCAUCUUGUUCAUUGAGUUUGCUUUUUGGCUCCUUUUUUAUUUGUAAUAAAAAAAAAAAUGGUGUUAA